AUGCGUGCCGCUCUUAUUGCUGUGCAUAUCCUCUUAGGAAUUACCCUUAUCGAGGGUAUAGAUUGGCGCGCGUUUAAAACUUGCGAUGACACGAGCUCCAACUGCGUGACACGAAAAUAUGGCUCGUCCAUACCGAUGCGGAUCUAUGAGUGUCUACGUGAGUCGAGUAUGUUGCGCUGCACGAAACUGUUUGUGCUGCAAAAACUGGAGGAACGCCGACAUCUGCCGCAGACUGGCAAUCUGACCAGGGACUUUAUGGACCAGUUCUUUGGCGAGGAGACGCAACUGGGCAGCCUGAUAGCGGAUAAGUACAAGGAGAUGUCGGAGAAGGAGCUGAAUCAGCGACUGGUUCAAAAUUUUCAGCGUUUCUUCAAGCAUUGCGAUAUCAAGCUUCACUUUCUGCCCGGCAUGCUGGUCAAGAUUGUGCCCAGCAAGGAGAACAAACUGAAGUUUACACUAAAGAAGGCGAAUAAGCCACGCAUGGGAAGAGCCCGUCGACGCGACACUGAGGAACUGCCGCUGAAUCUCAUGAAUUUGCCAUCGAUGACUGGAGGCGUUGGUGGCACCAGUGCCAGCGUUGAGAACUACGAACCGGAAGCGGAAGGCGACUCCAAGCAACAGGGCGGGCAUGGUGGAGGAAGUUCAGGGGACACCGGUGCCGGCGGCGGUCUGCUCAACAAGCGCAAAAAAAAGCACUCCUAUAAGACAACAAUGAUGCAAGUCGCUGUUCCCAUUCUAGUGUUGCCUGCCAUUCUGCUGGGCAGUCUGUUGCCGUUUUUGCUGCCCACGCUGAAAAUGGCCACAAUUCUGUCGCUCUUCAUGAACAAUGGCGCCUUCCUGGCCGCCAUGCUCUAUGCUUACUCCUCCGCUUCGGCCUCCAGCGCCGCCAACCAGCCGCAGCACAUCAGCUAUGGUUAUACCGAUAGCUUUCACUGA